UUAAAUGUGAAAACUGUUACUUUUGAAAAGCAAAAUUUUAGAAAAUUUUUCCUGUUCAGCAACCUUCCUCUCUAGAAUUGCUUCAAACUUUGGCAUUCUUAAAUGAAUUCAUUAAGAAGAUGUUUGUUUAUUUUCAUUUACAUGCUUGGGGUUGGGAAGGAUGCAAAGAUGUAAUAUUCUUACCUUUUUUAAAGUAAUAUGCACGAGCUUAGGAAUCACUGUGUACUCCCAACCAAUAAUAGCAAGUCUUGGUUAAAAAACAAUUACUAAGUACAAAAAUUUGUAUCAUUUAAAACUUUAGACAAAUGAUAAGGAAGAUACCUUAGGGAAGUCCCCCCCCAACCCAUGAAUAUUUAGCUUAAUUUAUAUAUAACUGUAAGUAAUCAAAAUACCCUAAAUUCCAGAUGAAUAGUUUUCUACCUUCUAUCAUUUUACAUCAUUGAUAUUCUCAGAAUAUAUGCACACCAAACUAAGACAUGUCAAAGUAUAUCUGUGUGUUUUGAUCCAGGCAUUAAAAUGUGUGUAGAAAUGGAAACAGGUACAUAAAUAUCACUGCUGAAGGUAAAAAUAUAGACAUAUUUACAGAUUAACACUUAACUGUGGUAUAUAAUUUACUUUCAAAUCUAAUAAGAAAGUUAAAAGGUAAAAAUGUGUUACUGGAUACAUAAUAUUAAAAGAAGAAAACUGCAAGAGCACAAAAGUGUGGGAGGGUGGAGGUUGUGAAGAUGCAGUAGUAUUUUUGUAUGCAAUUGAAGUUAAGUUGUUAUCAACUUAGAAGAGUAUAACCAAAUAUAAUCAAAGUAAAUCACGAUUAAACGUCAUCGAAUAACAAAGGAAGACAAGAGGAAAAGAGGAGCAAAACAGUUGUCAAAUAGACAGGAAGCAACAAACUGGCAAUAGUAAGUCCUCACUUAUUAGUAAUUACUUAACUGUAAAUGGAUUAAACUCACCUCACAAGGAGUUGUAUGAAUGGAUUUUAAAAACAGGAUCUGGCAGCAGCCAAUGGGAGGCCGCAACAGCUCGUGCUGGCGCACACAGUGGGAGGGGAGGGAGCCCAUUAUGUGCACGCACCCUCUGCCUCAUCCACCGCUGUCACCUCCUGCUGCUCCUCCUGCUGCUUGUGUACUCGUUAGGUGCAGACCCGCCACCUCUUUUGUGAAGCAGCAGCUGAGGAGACUGGUGCUCGCCAUGGCCAACGAAAAGCCCGCAGAAGGAGUCAAGACUGAGAACAAGAAUCAUAUUAAUUUGAAGGUGGUGGGACAGGAUGAUUCUGUGGUGCAGUUUAAGAUUAAGAGGCAGACACCACUUAGUAAACUAAUGAAAGCCUAUUGUGAACAACGGGGAUUGUGGCAGAUCAGAUUCCGAUGUGAUGGGCAACCAAUCAGUGGAACAGACACACCUGCACAGUUGGAAAUGGAAGAUGAAGACACAAUUGAUGUGUUUCAACAGCCUGCGGGAGGUGUCUACUGAAAAGGGAACCUGCUUCUUUACUCCAGAACGCUGUUCUUUAAAGACCAAGAUUAUUACAUUCUCAAUUAGAAAACUGCAAUUUGGUUCCACCACAUUCUGACUACUACAGUAUAGUUUUCUCUAUUCUUUUGUUUCCCCCUUCCACAUUCGUUUGUUAUACAUGAAGUAACUGGUAUAUGUGCACAAGCAUACUGCUUUUUUCUUCAAACCGAACAGCCAAUGGUGUGUUUUGAUUGACAGCAAGUGGAGACAGGAUGCGAAAAAAAUACUGAUCCUGUGAAAAUACCGCCUUUCUCCAUUAGUGGCGUGUUCAUUCAGCUCUUUAUAUUCUAGUAAGUUAUUUUGCUCUCACUGUUUUAACAACAACAAAAAAAUUACCACAUACCUUGUUCAAUUGGAGGAUUUUCAUGUUUUUCAUUUAUCACUGUAAAGCCAAGGACAAUUUUAUAACUUUUGUGUACGUAGCUGUUACAUGUAGGGCAAUCUGUCUUUAAGUAGGGAUAAAUUACUCUAAAAAAAGGAAUCCUAGAAAGUUUUCCCUUCAAGUCAGGCUUCUUAUUUAAAUAAACUUUUUGUUUAAAAUGAAAUAAGAAAAAUAAAAACAGGAUCCAAUAAUAUAUUAUCUACAAGAGACUCAUGUUUAAAGACACACAUAGGCAGAAAGUGAAGGGAUGGAAAAAGAUUUUAUAUAAAUGGUAGCUAAAAGAAAUCAAAAGUGGCUAUAAUUAUAUCAGAAACAAUAGAUUUUUAAGUCAAACUGUUGAGACAAAGAUUAUUGUAUAAUGGUAAAAGGAUCAAUUCCACAGAAAAAUAUAAAAAUUAUAAAUAUAUACACACCCCACAUCAGACUACAUUAAUAUGUAAAGCAAAUAUUGACAGAUCUGAAGACAGAAAUUGACAGCAAUAGUAGGAGACUUCAGUACCCUCCUUACAAUAAUAGAAUAUCCAGGCAGAAAAUGAAUAAAGAAACAGCUGAUUUGAACAAAAUGUUAAACCAAGUGGAUAUAGCAAACACAGAACUCUCUCAACAGCAAAAAAUUAUACGUUCUUCCCAGGCACACACGGAACAUUCUGUAGGAUAGAUCAUAUGUUAGUUCACAAAAUGAGUUUAAACAAACCUAAGAAGAUAGGAAUCAUUCCACGUAUUUUUUCUAACCACAGUGGAAUAAAACUAGAAAUCAGUAACAGCAAGAAAACCAUAAAAUUUGUGGAAACUUAAACACAGUCUUGAAUAAUCAUUGAGUCAAGAAGGAAAUCAAAAGGGAAUCUUAACAGUAUCUUCAGACAAAAAUGAAAACAUAGCAUACUAGAACCUAUGGGAUGAAACAAAAGCAGUACUAAGAGAGAAGUUUGUAGAGAUAAUACAUACAUUAAAAAAGAAAAAGAAAGAUCUCAGUUAUACCUCAGGGAAUCAGUAGAAGAACAACAAGCUAAGCCUAAUGUUAGCAUAAUGAAGAAAAUAAUAAGGAUUAGAGCAAAAAUAGAGAAUUUAAAAACAACAGAAAAAAAUAGUAAAACAGAGGUUUUUUUUAAAAAUCAACAGGAUUGACAAACCCUUAGCUAGAUAAAUUGAGAAAAAAAGACAAAAUCAGAAAUGAAGACAACAGAUACCUCAGAAAUGAAAGGAUCAUAAGGGAAUAUUAGGAACAAUUUUAUGCCAACAGACUAGAUAACCUAGAAAAAAAUUGAUACAUUCCUAUCCAAAAAAUAUCCAAAAAAAAUUGAUACCACCUAUUAAAGCUGAAUCAAGAAGAAUUAGAAAGCCUGAAUAGGCCAAUAACAAAUAAGGAGGUUGAAUCAGUAAUCAAAAAUCUCCCAACAAAUAUCCAGCAUGGAUUUAGAAAUUUAAAAAAAAAUUCCCAACAAAGAAAA